AACGAAAUUGAGGAAGCACAAAAUCGAAUUGGGCGUUUGACCGGACUGGUAAAGAACCAGACCUCCACAGAGCGAAGCGAGGAGGUGGAGGAAGAACACCGAGAAAGACUCGCUUCACUGAAAUCCCCAGCGCCUUGACGCCAAUUUCUUGCAUUCUGCAUUCAUAUCUAACCUUAAUUUCUCAAUCCUGUACUCACUUCAGCAGCCGGCCAUGUUUCAACAAAACAAUAUGCAGCUGGCUAUUCGGAUUCCGACAUCGCCCGCUCAAGAUUCUUCACAGUACAUGCAAGUCGAUCAGAGCGACAAGUCUUUAGUAAUGAGCGGUGAUAUGCAAAAUGGGGGAUUCACGCAUGCGGAAUACAUCUUCAACUUCUCCAAGAAACUUGAAGAGGAUUUACAGACGUUUGGCAUGAAAAUAAAACAGCACGAGGAUAACAUUAAAUUUCUCAAGACUCAGAAAAACAAAUUAGAUGAAUCCAUCCUCGAUUUGCAAGUUAUUCUAGGCAAGUAUCAUUCUUCUGGCACACCUGUGGCUGAAAACGAGGUUCAUUCCCAUCCUCAAAGCGAAGAGGAAACGAUGGAACAGAUUAUGCGGCAGGAAAUGUCUGCUGCUGGCAUUAUAUGUAGAUUGAACACACAUCAUGGUAUUCAGGCUUACAACAUUACGUUGACCAAGGAUGUAUUGGGCAUUGUUGCUCGGCUUGGAAAACUUGAUGAUGAUAACCUUGGCAGACUGCUCUCUGAGUACCUGGGAAUGGAAACUAUGCUGGCAAUUGUCUGUAGAACGUAUGAUGGAGUUAAGAUGUUAGAAACAUACGACAAGGAAGGUUGCAUAAACAAAAGUUCUGGCCUCCAUGGUCUUGGUGCAUCAAUUGGGAGGAACUUGGAUGGCCGGUUUCUCGUAAUUUGUCUUGAACAUUUGAGACCGUAUGCUGGUGAUUUUAUUCCUAAUGAUCCACAAAGGAGGCUUGAUCUUCUAAAGCCAAGAUUACCUAACGGGGAGUGUCCACCUGGCUUUGUUGGCUUUGCUGUUAACAUGAUCAAUAUUGAUAGCACACACUUGUUUUGUUUUGCAGCCAACGGAUAUGGUCUCAGGGAGACCCUGUUCUAUUCUCUCUUUUCUCGUCUUCAAGUAUAUAAAACAAGAGGUGACAUGCUACAAGCUCUCCCUUGCAUAAGUGAUGGUGCACUUUCUUUAGAUGGAGGAAUAAUCAAGGCUAAUGGUCUUUUUUGCUUGGGCAAUCAGGAAGAUGUUCAGUUGAGAUUUCCGAAGGCCUCAAUGAAAUCAAGCCUGCCUGAAAGCUACAUUGAAUCUGAGAGGCAGAUGAAAGAGCUCAAGUGGAAAAAGGAAAAGAUGAUUGAAGAUAUAAAGAGAGAACAAGCAUUACUGAACAAUUCUAAGCUCAAUUUCGAUAGGAAAAAGGCAGAGUUUCUAAAGUUCCUUGCUGAAAGUUCAUCAUACGCAGCUCAGCAACAACUCUCAGUCAAGCUGCCGUAGAAAACACCAAGUUUUCCACUGUACAACUUGGGGAAGGAGCUGUCAGCUGCGAUAUUUUAACCUGAGAAAAUGCAUAAGCUUCCUAUUUCAUUUUUGAGGUAAAUAUCUUAUCUUAUGGUUUAGCUGAAGAACUUCAAGGAAAUGGAAUAGGAGGCUGUGGCAUCUGUAGUUCCUCACUAGAUUAGGCAUUUUUUUUAGUGCUCACUGUCCAGAUUUAUUGAAACUAAUGUUGUUUAACUGAAGAGACAACCGUUCUCUUGCAUUGGAUGAUCGUUUAGUAUUAGCGUAAGAUAGUUCAAAUGGUCAAGUCAUAUUCUUCCGAAUAAGAAGUCAAAUGGGUCUUUGUUGUCAGACUCUUUAACUGAAGAGACAAUGGCUCUCUUGCAUUGGAUGGCGGUUUGUAUUAGUCAACUUUGUCGUAGUUUAAGAAAAGCCUCCAUUAGGAUCGUUAAGUGUUAAAAGUUU